AUGGACGCGCAGGCCGCCGUGACACGUGACGCCGUCGGCCUCGACGACCCGCUCGUCGCCCUCACCCUCGGAUCCAUCUACGCCGCCGCCCCGACCCCGCCGCCCAAGCCGCGGCGCCCCUCUCCUCCGACCCCUCCACCUUCCAAGCCGGCGUCCGCCACCCGCCGCCGCCUCAACGCCUCCGCCCCCGGCCAGCGCCGCCGCGCGAGCAACGAGCCGCCUUCCGACGACGACGCCGCCGCCGCGGACGGGGCGCCGCCCCCGUUCCCGUGGGCCACGGAGCGGCCCGCGCGGCACGACACCCUGGACAGCCUGCUGCGCCGGGGCGUCACGACCGUCGAGGGCGAGGGCCGGUGCAAGCGCUGCAGCGGCACGGCGACCGUGGCGUACGAGCUGGCGCCCAAGUUCAGGGAGGUGCGCGAGUUCGUCGUCGCCAACCGGCACUCGUUCGACGACCGCGCCCCGGACGCGUGGAUGUACCCGGUGCUGCCCGACUGCGCGGCGUGCGGGGAGAAGCGAUGCAUGUGGCCGUGGAUCGCCGAGGACAAGGGCGAGAUCAACUGGCUGUUCCUCCUGCUGGGCCAGAUGCUGGGCUGCUGCACGCUGGAGCAGCUCAAGUACUUCUGCAAGAACACCGGCCGCCACCGGACCGGCGCCAAGAACCGGGUCCUCUACUACGCCUUCCUGGAGAUGUGCAGGCAGCUCGAGCCGCGCGGGCCGUUCGAUGACACCGUCGCCGACGGCAACGGGUUCCUGCACUCGUGA